AUGCCUGCUCCCAAGCGCGGCCAGUCAAUCGAGCACACCGUCGAGCGCGAAGAUUUCAUAAAGAAGUUGACGGAGUACCAUGAGAAGCGAGGGACCACCCUUGAUCCAGAGCCAAAAGUCGGCAUCCGUCACAUCGACCUUUUCAAACUCUACAAUCGCGUAGUCGAAGAAGGUGGAUAUGACCUGGUAUCGGACACCAAGGCGAAACCUUUGAUGUGGCGCAAGUUUGCGGAGGAAUUCGUUGGCAAGAACCAGUACACUGCGGCGCAAGCGUUUCAGAUCAAGAACGUCUACUACAAGAACCUAUGCGCGUACGAGAUCAGUACUCACUGGGAGAAAGAGCCGCCGCCGAAGGAGAUACUCGAGGAGGUCACAGCAAAGGGAGGGAACGUCAUGACCCGCACAUUGGAGAACUUCGUGCGGCCAGCGACCCGAGAUCAAGAUAGCUUACAGAAUGGAGACGCAAGUGAUACGAGCCCUGAGCAGAAGACGCCGAAGGAGGAGAAGGUAGAGACUACAGAGGAGCCUGGGAGUGCCACUGGACGUUCGACCCGCGGGUUACGGCAGCAACCCCCUCAGCGCGUUCUCUUCCAGCCAGAAGUCGGCACUGGCCGUCAGACUCGACACCAGAAUCAGGCUGCGCAUGCCUCGCCGACUCCCGGCGCAGGACCAAACGGUGUCAUGAACGCAACCUCGCUGACGAACGGUGCGUCGUCCACACUCGCCUCGUACGAGCCCGCUCAGGCAUACCCGCUCUCCCUCAAACCUGUCAUCACACCUGCAAACAACCCAGAUUUCUACCGCAAUGAGCGUAAAAGGAAGCUCGAGGCCAAUGCUGGGCCCUUGGCUAAGAAGUACAAAAAUAUUAUGCUGCCUGGUACUGGAUUCAUUGGACCCAACAUCUACAUGCGAGCUCAAUUGGCACUACAAAGCGGGAUUCCUGACGAAGAGCAGUACGCGCUACAUCAUCUUGUCAAGAUCAGCCACGAGCGUGGCGACAAGUACCGCUUCGAUCAGUUUCCCGGACUUGCUGACGCGUUAACGAGGAAGGUUCUGCAGGUGAGCAGCCUUUUCUACGACAUCGAAUGGGAUGUCAUGUACGACGAGGAGUUCUUUGCGGGAGACGAUGAGACACUAAAUGGACUUGAUGGCACGCCUGAUAUCCUGCAAAAGAUUCAAUCGCGCAUUCCCGUCAUCUCCAACGACACCAUCCUGGACUCGCGUUUCCUUUCACACCUGAAUCGAAUCACAGAGGCCGCACUCGUCAUCCGCAAUAUGUCGCUACAGGAAGAGAACGCUGCUUACCUCGCGCGACUGCCUCUUGUACGUGAUCUCUUGGCUGUCGUACUGAACCUACCGCAUCAUCCAGGCACUAUCGAACUGCAACAUUACGCGCUGGACAUCUCCGAGCAGAUCCUCAAAUACGUUGACGUGACAUCUCAGGAUGCCGUAUACAAAGGCCUUCUGGCGCAAGUCAGCAAGUCAGAUCGAGGAGCUGUUGCAACAGCGUUGCGUUCCAUCAGCCGGAUCGCCAUGACGCUUCCGACGCCUAAGAAGCUCGACGAUGUACCUGCUUCAGUCCUCAGACGCUGUCAGGAGCUCAUUUUGCUUGAAGAUGAAGAGCUACGAGCUGCUUGCCUCGACUUCCUCGGCCAGUACACUUCGACGAGCGACAACGUGGAGACGCUACUUCGAACUUUGGACGCUGAGGCGCUUGCCCGACAACUGAGCCAUCUUACAUUGUUCACCGCCAAGGAACAUCGAGAUCAGAGGUCUACUCGGCGUCAAGCACCCGAUGAUGCUAUAGCUCCAGUGCCGCGUCUAUCAAGAGUCCUGGUGGAACAACUCCUCAAGAUGGACGAACCAGAACGUUCUUCCGAGUGGCUUCGCAUGUGCUUCGUGCCUGACCCGACUACAGAGAUGACACAGAUCUCUCUCUGGCAGGCAUAUCAGGGCACGUUCGCACCUUACCAUGCCACACAUCCACACCUGAUUGCCGGAGACUUCAUUAAGAAUGUCAGCACCACGUUUCAAGGCGCCACCGCUCAAGUUGCAGGCUCGAACAAGUAUGUCAUCAAAGGCAUCAGGUCGAGAAAGGUUCCCAUCGAUACUGGUAUCAUCCCCGGGUCAAAGGCUACCGAUAAAGGCAGAGAACUUAGUCGGUGCCAUUGGAAGGUGACGAUACCGAUCGAAGGCACAAGAGAUCCUCUGACUGGUCGUAUGUCAGCUCCCACAACUCAAGAUCGCGAGUGCGGAGACUGGUUCAGGACCAGCGAUGACAUGAUGCAACACAUCCUGAAACAUCAUCUACAAAUUCCCAUCAAAGCAGACACGCCUACAGAUGGUGAUAAGAUGGAGGUUGACUCCAACAAUACCCCUCGGUCAUCAGCAACACCUGCGAAUGGCUUGACAAACGGAACACCCAAGGACUCGACCAAAAUUGCAUUCGACUUCGAAGCUGCCGACAAAACGACGCACCGGUGCAGAUGGGCGGACUGCGAUCGUGCUUCGACUGAAGUCAGUGACACGCAGAUUUCCAGAACCAAGCUCUUCGCGCGACACGUCGAAACUCAUCUGCCAGAAACGGAGACUUCUCGGUCGAAGCACAACGUCAAGCCAGACGCGGUAGCGGCUCCAAGUGCAGAAUUCAUGAGGCUCACCAUGCUGGAAGAUGAGAGGGGUGAGGCGACGGGUGUGCCUCUUCGUGCCGUGGUAGUUCUGCGCAAUCUUGCCCGCUUCAUGCCUAAGCAGCUAGAUGUGGGCAACGGUGCCAGUGCUAUCAAGAGUGGUCAUAAGAAAGAGGAUAAGACUGACGUGCUUGAGACGGUGUUUGAUGGCGAAGUGAGGGAGCGGCUCUUCCAUGCGAUGUCUUAUUCGAAGACGAUGAGGGAUUACGUGGGCGCGGUGUUCAGGGCUAUCAAACAUAGCGAAAAGUAA